GAGGAAGCUGGCUGAGCGUACGGAGGCAAGCGUGCAGGUGUCUGAGUUCAAUGUCAGCUGCAAAGGUGCUGGGGAGAAGCUGGUUCUGUCAGAGCUCCUGCAGCCCAUCCGUCCCAAAUCUGCCCUGAGCAGUGUGAAGAAAGAGCUGACUAGAGUGAAGCAGAAAAAGGCAGUGGAGUUGCCGCUCAGCAAAGAGGAGGCAAAGCGGGUUGUGAGGGAAGCUGCCUACGUCAGGACCUCUAAAGAUGUGGGCAAAUGGCAGCAGGUGGUUUUGCAGAACCGACGGGCAGAGCAGCUGGUGUUCCCCCUCAAGCAGGAGAUUGCUACAGUUGUCCCCGUGGAGCAAGUGGCUUCAGCAUGGAAGGCCCGAACUCCCCUGGAACAGGAAAUAUUUGGACUGCUCCACAAGACACAGCAGCCCAUCACAGAUCCACUCCUGACGCCGGAGGAGGCAGCCUCGCUGCAGGCAAUGAGCUUGGAGGAGGCCCGGCAGCGGAGGGCAGAGCUGCAGAAGGCUCGGGUCGUGCAGUCCUACUACGAAGCCAAGGCUCGUCGAGAGAAGAAGAUCAAGAGCAAGAAGUACCAUCGUGUGCUGAAAAAAAGCAAGAGACGCAAGGCCUUAAAGGAGUUUGAGCUGCUGCAUAAGUCCAACCCUGAGGCCGCCUUGGCGAGGCUGGAGGAGCUGGAGCAGCUCAGGAUGCAGGAGCGGAUGAGCCUUAAGCACCAGAAUAAGGGAAAAUGGGCCCGCUCCAGGGCCAUUAUGGCUAAGUAUGACCUGGAGGCCCGCAAGGCCAUGCAGGAGCAGCUGGCCAAGAACAAGGAGUUGAUGCAGAAGGUGCGGGUGGAGCUGCCUGAGGAGGAGCAAGGUGACGUGCCUGAGGAGGACCUUGCGUCAGUGACCAUCCCCACGGGUGCCAGUGGAGACAACCCCUGGAUGCUGGGCAAACCCAGCAGCCCAGCUGAGGAGCCUGAGGUGCAGGAUGGACUUGGAGACGUUGCAGUGCCUGGUGCUGUGGAGAGCAAGGAGAUAGAGGAGGAGGAGGAAAUAGAGGAGGAAGAAGCUCUGCUACAGGACUUUGCGCAGAAACGGCACGCGCGGCAGCAGCGGGCAGGGAGCCCUGAGGGACAAGGUGAGGAGCUCACCACCCCAUGCAGUGUGGGUCCGGUGUGCCGCAGGGUUGGGCACACGGAGGGGGGUGCUGACGAGACAGAGGCAGUUUCUGAACUUCCGGGGGACAGCCCCACCCACCCCAUCUGUGCCGAGGAGCCAGCAAGCCUAGGGAUCGAGCAGCCUCCCCAGGCCCAGGAGGAGAUCCUGCUGUCGGAGCAGCUGGCCCGGGUGCGGACAAUGGAGGACGUUGAGGCUCUGGCCUCAGAGGAGCGUGUGGAAGAGCAGAAGACGCCAGCAGCUGCAAGAGCAGAGAAGCGAGUGCAGCCACAGCAGGAAGGCAGAGCUGGGUACGGGCACUCCAAGAAACCACCAGCCAAGAAGAUCAUCAGCCUGCGGGCCAUGCUGUCUGGGAAGUCCCAGGAGGUUCAGUGCCCCAUCCUACCUGUGGUCAUGGAGGAGGAGGAGGGUGGCGUUGACCAAAGAGGGGUCAUCACAGAGGCCUUUGCUGGGGACGACGUGGUGGCUGACUUCUGCCGGGAGAAGCACAAGGCAGAGCAGGCUGCGAAGCCGCAGCCAGUGAACCUGGUGCUGCCAGGCUGGGGCGAGUGGGGAGGCACAGGACUGAAGCCCAGCACCAAGAAAAGAAAACGGUUCCUGCUCAAGCCGCCCCCGGCGCCUCCCAGGAAGGACCAGCACUUGCCUCACGUCAUCAUGAGCGAGCAGCGCAACAUCCACGCAGCAGCACAUCAGGUCAGUGAGCUGCCCUUCCCCUUCGAGAGGCACGAGCAGUUUGAGCAGAGCAUCCGGACACCCGUGGGUUCCACGUGGAACACGCAGCGUGCCUUCCAGAAGCUGACUGCCCCCCGCGUCAUUACCCGGGCGGGCCACAUCAUCCAGCCCAUCUCUGCCGAAGAUGUCCCUGACAUGGCCACCACGGCUGGUGGCGGAACCAAGCCUGCGCUAGAAAUUGCGCCCAAGAGGCCAGAGCAGCCCGUUCGCCGCCCACGCAAGAAAGCGCGGUAG